UAGAGAGAGAGAGAGAGAGAGAGAGAGAGAGAGAGAGGAGCACGACGAGCCCCCGAUCUUCGAGUCCCCGGCCGUGAUUUUCGUCGGGACAGACGGACGGGAGCGGGACGGAGGGACAAACGGCGGGACGACGUGCACAUGUGAUUCCCUCCCCGGAGUGGCCGACCCCAUUUGGCGAUGAAGAAGUUCACGAUUAAGGGGGUGCUCGACGGGUUCCGGUCGUCGGUCCCGCAGCCCGUCAAGCCCGACCAGGAGAUCGUCGAGAAUCUCAAGCCGGAGCACUUCCAGGUUAAGAAGACGUUUCGACACGGCUUCCCGCAUCAGCCGACAGCGUUGGCAUUCGACCCGAUCCAAAGACUGUUGGCGAUUGGCACUAAAUCCGGAUCCCUUAGGAUUCUAGGCAGACCGGGCGUAGAUGCGCACGUGAAACACGAGGAAUGUGCAGCCGUUCUGCGCUUACAAUUUUUAAUAAAUGAGGGAGCAUUGGUGUCUGUUACUGAGGACGACACCUUACACUUGUGGAACUUUCGUCAGAAGAUACCGCAGGUGGUGCACAGCCUCAAGUUUCAAAGAGACAGAAUUACAUGCAUUCAUUUACCGCUACAAAGUAAAUGGUUGUACAUUGGGACCGAUCGAGGAAACGUUCACAUACUGCACAUUGAAACGUUCGUUCUAUCUGGAUAUAUAAUUAAUUGGAACAAGGCUAUCGAAGUAUCUAGAAAAACUCACCCUGGUGCUGUAGUACACUUGAGUGAUAAUCCGUUAGAUUUGAGCAAGAUGCUCAUAGGAUUUUCGACAGGGCAAAUCGUUCUGUGGGACUUAAAAACCAAGACUGUUGAGUAUAGAUGUCAAACAGAUGAUUUAUUAACAUCGAUAUCAUGGCAUCAUGAAGGUAAACAAUUUAUGUGCAGUCACUCGGACGGUUCUCUUACGACUUGGACCCUUCGGCAAUUAAAGCCAAGUGUAACAUUUCCACAUGCAAAAUUCACUAAAGAUGGAGAACCUGAACGUUGCAAAGCCAUUCAGAAAGUAGAAUGGAAAAUAUCGAGAUCGGGAGAAGCAUAUGUGAUAUUUUCUGGUGGAUUGGCACAGGACACCACUGGGAGAACACCCAGCAUUACAGUGAUACAUGGAAAAACUACUACGGUGCUCGAAAUGGAACAUAAUGUUGUAGACUUUAUAACGCUGUGUGAGAGUCCAUGGGCUAGUGAUUUUCAAGACCCUUAUGCUGUUGUUGUUUUACUACAAAAUGACCUGGUUGUGAUAGAUUUGUUAACUACUGGAUUCCCUUGUUUUGAGAAUCCAUACCCUAUGGAUAUUCACGAAUCUCCUGUGACAUGUUGUGCAUAUUUCGCGGAUUGUCCUUCGGAUUUAGUACCUGCAUUUUAUUCCGUUGGAUCCAAGUCGCAUAAGAAAACCGGCUUUAGCGAGAAAGAAUGGCCUAUCUCCGGUGGCGAGUGGAGUUCCAGUUCUAGUAGUUAUAACGAGAUUAUCCUCACUGGACAUGCCGAUGGCAGUAUAAAGUUUUGGGACGCUUCAGCAGGAACAUUACAAGUCCUUUACAAACUAAAGACGGCGAAACUUUUCGAAAAAACUAAAACGCGUAGUAUAGAUUCUGAGGAAGAUCCAUUAGCGAUUCAACUUAUUUUCCUUUGUCCUGAAAGUCGGAAAUUAGCUAUUGCGGGAAGUGGCAAGCAUGUCGUGUUGUUCAAAUUUAAGAGGGUUGAAAGUAUGUCUGAAGUAGUGACUUUGGAAAUAUGCUUAUCGGUGGAGCCAGGAAGAGAAGGGGACAAUUCACCGGAUCGUGAAUCUCCGGCAACCGGAAACAUCGUAGGAAACAUGGAAUCGAAGACUAUAGAAUUCAAUCAUCCGCUCAAAGUCAAGACGGGACUGCAGAAAAGACCAGCCGGUUUUCAAGCGACACUGAUUUGUUUGACAACGGCACCCCCUGGAGAACUACCCGAAAAUAUAACGGCCCUCAGUUUAAACUCCUCGUAUGGCCUAUUGGCCUAUGGAAACGAGUCGGGGUUAGUGAUAGUGGACAUCGUGCAGAAGAUCUCCUUAGUCGUGUUGAACACCAGUGAUCUUGGAAGUGGCGAUCCUUACCAACGCGUCUUACGAAGUCCGAAACGGCAGGACGAAUUAAGACGAGAAAAUGAAGACAAGGCAAGAAGUCCAAGUACAGACCAGCUAACUACUAUGUGUCUACCAUUGAAGCAAAGCCAGCGAGAAUCCGCGAUGGAAUUCGAGCCAGUAGUUACAAGGGUAGCGGAUUCGAUCCAACAAGUACAGCAACAGCAACAGUGCCCUCGCAAUGAGAGUCAGACUGGAAACAGUAGCGAUAAACCGAGCGUGGAGGAAACCACAAACGAAUCCAAUAAAGCGGGUAACAUUCCUAACGGUGACGAGUGUCAGAAAAGCCAAGGUUGGAAAGGAUUUAGUCUCAAGAGACAACUAAGCAAGGUUGAUCUGAAGAUCAAAAAUACUUUUACACCAUCCUCGGUGUCUUCUCAGAAUGGGAGCUCGUCAUCGGGGCUCAUGCAAGUACCCCAAUGCCAGCAGAUAGGCGGCGAUACUGGUAGUCAAAAGUCUUCCACGUUUUACUGCAAUAUCAACGAAGCGGCCAGCACGAGUCGUUCACUAUCGCCGGUCGAAAGCGUUGACUCUGACUCCUCGCUGUCGCCGGAGAGCCAGUCUCCUGGACACGAGAGUCCUCAGACUGAUGACAGGAAGCAAGACAUCCAAGAGGCUAGAAGCCCAACGGAGACUGAGAACGAGAAAACGAUAAUGAACAAUGACAAUAUCGGCAUAAAAACCGAGGCAGUAAGACCGAUGAAUCUGUCUUUGCCCGAACACGAGCUAAAACCGUCGAGAUUGAAAUAUAUCGCCAAGAUCAAACAGGCGAAGAGAGAGGGUCGUUUGCUCUCGGUGCCGAAUCUAAAAUUUUCCAAGAACGAGCCGACCGUUUGUGACCUAAGAUGCGAGGAGAGUACUUCCGAGAGAGCUACCUCCGAAUCAUUCACCGGCAAUCUUAUAAGAAGAUUCAGUCGGAUAGACAAAUUCGACGGUUCCUUCCAACGAUCAAGGAGUUCGAGUAUGUCAUCCCUCGAAAACAUCACCACAGAAACCAUAAGCUGCCUUACAUUUGCGGAUUCUUAUACGAAAAAAAACGAUACAAGCGGCAUGCCGACGUUAUGGAUUGGCACGUCUCUGGGAUCUGUACAGACUGUUAUAUUCAAUACGCCUGCCCACAGCGAACGUCAUGCUCACCCAGUGGUUGUGUCUACCUGUAAUGGAUCUACUUUCAAACUCAAGGGUUGUAUCCUAUCGAUGUCAUUCUUAGAUUGCAACGGCGCUCUGAUCCCGUAUUCGUACGAGUCCUGGAAAGACGAGAGCACGGAUGGCAAAGAACGGAAUAAGAGUCAAGGAAAAUGUACAAAUAGCCGCAUGUCACCGUCGACGAACACGCAAAUCGGUGGGGACAAUUUCGAGGACAGACAAUUUGUCGCACUUGUGUCAGAGAAGCAAGCGAGAGUUGUGGCGUUACCCUCCCAAAAUUGUGUAUAUAGGCAACAACUGGCAGAGACUCAUAUCGUAAUUAAGGCAGAAGUUACAACAUUGAAAGAUAACGUCUGCCUAGUAUGUUACGUUUCGAAUGGUCACAUCACAACGUACAGUUUACCCAGCCUGAGACCGUUGAUAGACGUUGAUUUUCUACCUCUUAUAGAUUUGAGUUUUCAGACCACAAAACACGGCAUUGUAGACCCCAUGUUGACCAUAUGGGGUCAUCAACUCUUUGUUAAUGGCGAUACCGAUCAGAUCGCAAAGACGCUUUGCUUCAGCAAUCGAGGCCACGGUUUAUACUUAUCGUCACCGAUGGAAAUACAGAAGUUCUCCGUUUCGAGUGAAUUCUGCGGCGAAUUGACGGAGAUGAUGGGUGAUCUGUUUAUUGGCCACGAUAUGCCAGAACCGCCCAAAGAGAGUUUCUUCAAAGGUUUAUUCGGUGGUGGCUCGAGGAGUGUCGAUCGAGAAGAGUUGUUCGGUGAAUCUAGCGGUCGUGCGUCGCGCACAGUGGCAAAACAUAUUCCAGGACCAAACGAAGCUAUGCGAGAACGGGUCUCUUGCGCAACGGGCGAAGUAAAUAUGGCACACCAGAUGGUCGUGGAGCGCGGCGAGAAGUUGUCGCAGCUCGAAGAUCGGUCUGCGCGCAUGGCGUCGGAGGCCGAGAACUUUGCGACGAGCGCUCACGGACUGAUGCUCAAGUACAAAGACAAGAAAUGGUACCAGCUAUGAGAAAGCCAUUCGAUCCGAGUCCGAUGGGAUGACGCACGUUUCUUUAGUUAUUUAUUUAGCGUUCGUGUUUCGUCUAUGAGUUUUAUUGUAUUAAGAAAUUAAAAGCUAGCUAUACUACGAUCCUCACAAAAACGCACAUAUGGGAAACAUCUACACGAAGGGAGAGAGAUAAAAUGGAUACAUGUACAUGCGAUCACCUGUGCGAUGCACAUGGUACACACGCACAUGCUGUAAACGAGAUAAACAUAUAUAGCGAAAAACAACAACAACAUAUAUUUCAAAGCGGAGUAGUAUGGCGACGAUCUCUCAAUUGUGUAAAUUUUUGCGUAUGGAUGAAUAAAAGAGGGAUGUCGGAGAGGCCGCGGCCAAAUGCCGCGAUGCAUUUGCGCGGAUGUGACAUGUAUGUAUAAUUAUUUAAAAUAUAAAGUACUUAUACGCAAAGAUGCGACAGAAAUAUACGCGAGUCAAUAUAAGCAAUUAUGUAAUAAUUCGCCUUUUAACCGGUGGCACUCGUUAAUUCAUUCGGACGUCCUGUGAACGUGUUUAAUGGCGCCUUGCCUUGUUUGCUUCUCAGCAAAGAAUUGCCAAUAAGUAUUUACGAACGUCACAUUGUUGCAGAGUUUAAGCACUUCCGAAUAGAUGGAAUCGAGUGAAACGAUAAGAAUCGCAUUAGUUAUAAAUCGACUAAACUAGUACUUAUAUAUAAAACAUGAGUUCUCCUAUAUUAGAUUAAUAUUAUGUGUUAUGUAAGAGAGAAAAUAUAUAUUAUAUUGGAACAAAAUAUACAUGGCAACUCAUAUAUUAACAAUGCCAUUGAAAACUUCUAGUAAAACAGUCAUUAUAGAGAAGAGUUGUUAUUGACUAAUAAUUCUUAUUCCGCGAAUGUAAAUUUUAUAAUCGUGUACAUUGUAAGCUGACUUGUAUUUAAGUAUUUAUCGUUACACGAUCGCAGACACUUUCGUAAAUACUGCAUUAAGGGAUAAAACGAAUGCGAUUCUUAAGAUUCGUAAGUCUAUCAAGUUACACGAGUGCAAAUGAGAAAUUUGUUAGGCUCGACAGAAAUGAUUUUUGUGGAUAUUUUACGAAAGUUAUGAACGUAGGCAAGACGGCACAGCGACACCAUUCCGAAUGCAUUGACAAUAAAAUGUAGUUAAUUACUCGGUGAGAAAGAGUAAAUUGGAUAAAAGUUGAAUGCAAUGAAAUAUAUUUUAUCCAGAAUGGCGGGUGUUGCGCAGGCCGCAAAAGCUGCUAUACUCGCCACGCUGAUAAGAAUGUAUUAGUUGUUAUCGAUUGUAGUUAUCGCUAGACGUGCUAUGUAUAUAUAAAAAAGAUGAAUAUAAGUAGGACAGAUUUCGCGUUAUAAAGCUGUUUAUAUAACAAUGUAUUAUGAGUUACGCUGUUUCGAUGCCGACGAUAAGUUCAACUGGAUUUACGACACAUCUAACCGACGUGACAUGAGUUGUAGUAAAACUAUUGUAAUUUUAGCACUACACAUAGUUUAGAUUAAUUAAAGACAAUAUAUAAAAUAUAAAAUAUACAUAUACAAGUAACCAGAUAUAUAUAUAUAUAUAUAUAUAUAUAUAUAUAGAUUUAUAUAAUAUAUAUAUGUAUAUACGGCCGGUUCUACAAUCAGUCGUACGUCGUAGUCGUAGUCGGAUUUCGGGACGCAGCCGAUGGUCCAAUGAGAGAAUUUUCUUUUUCGAAAACGAAUUUUCCUCAUUGGACCAUCAGCUACGUUCCGACAUCCGACUCCGACAUACGACUGAUUGUAGAACCGGCCUACAAAAAGGUAUAUGUAUAUAUACAUAUAUAUUUGGUCAUAUGUAUAUGUUAUGUUUAUAUAUAUAUAUAUAUGUAUGUGAUAAGUUCGUUGAAUUUAUCGAGGCUCUGAAUCGUCGUACUGCUUCCAUAGCAAUAACUGUAUAGUUGAUGUUUAUGGUACUAAUCACUCGUAUACUUAAUAAUGUGCCCGCAGAAGAUUACUUAGAAUGCAUUUUUCGAAUUGAUUCGAGCUCAUGGUAUAAUUUCCCUUGGACAAUAUACACGUAUAUAAAUUCGUUGUCCCAUUACACACUCUUGUCACGGGAUGUCUUCACUAUCGAUUACUAGUACAAAAAGAGCGCGAGCUCGUUCGUCGAGCGAAUUGUAGCGUGCGAACCGUAGUUUGAGAAUCCAUACUGAUGCUGAAUUUGUAAUACGUUCGUGAGAGUGCGCAGAUUAGCGUUGACUCUGAGCUCCGAUCCCGUUUUACCUAAGCUGCUAACUCUGACAAACGUUCCACUAUCUAACUAUCUAGAAUUAUUAUUCCUCGAAAUACCCGACACUCAGUAUGUAAGCAGUUCAAUGGUAGAUAAGAUACAUUCAAAAUAAAGUAUAAAGUAUCCUAAGCAGCGGAGAGAUUUGUUAAUGUUCGAAUUACGAAUGCCGAUAUACAAAUUAGAGGGAAGAGGUGUUCUUUCAGAGUGAAGGCUCGUUUUACCGUUAUAAUAAUAGAAUAGAUAGAUUUAAUGUGAGCUAGUUACAGAGAACAGGCAUAUUACAUUAUUAUUUAAAUGUUGCAGUAAUAUAUUCUAACAUUCGUUGCACAAAGACUAAUAUAUUCGUCGAUAGUUUCUCAUUAUUUAUCAAAGAAUGCAAACAUAUCUCAAGGAAAUUUCUGAUAACAGUUUUACUACUUUACAGGCCAUAGUACAUAAAAAAAGCCUCGAUAUGAGAUCGGAAACACUCGACUGUAAUUAAUCGAUUUGCUUACCGCUUUAGUUCUACCGCUUAUAUCUUUUUAUGUACUAUAGUCGUAAAACCCAGCAAAUGCUGUUUAUAAAGCAAAUUUCUAACUCUCUCUUUCUAGCCCAUAUUUAUUCUAAUUAAAUCAAGUUUCUUAUUAAAAUAGGAGGAUUCUGUUUUCUAUAUUGUUUUUGUUAUUAUAUCUGAUUAAUAAUAUAUUGUAUAAAUGAUAGCGUACAACAAUUAUAGAAUCGUAGAAUGUACAGAUAUGUCUAAAUUACAGAUAAAUAUAUAGCUCACAUAUA